CAAGAUGGCGGUGCCCACGACCGGCGAGACUGGCAGAGCAGGGGAGCCGGGGCUCCGGAGGAGGAGGGCGGCUGAGACUGCCGCGACCACCCCGGCACAUAGCGCGGAUGCCCCCGAGAAGAAUGAGGGGCCCAGUGCAGGGGCCCCGCUCCAAACCGGAAGCUUCUGGUUGACCAGGAUCGUAUUGCUGAGAGCCAUAGCGGCCAUAUACUUCGUGGCGUUCCUGGUUGCUUUCCACCAGAACAAGCAGCUGAUUGGGGACAAAGGGUUACUGCCAUGCCGGCUGCAUCUGGAAGACAUCAAACGAUACUUUGGCGGAGGAAUUGGCACGGAUGCCCUCAGUUACGCGCCCACGCUGCUCUGGCUCUUAGACUGGUCGCACAUGGAUACCCACUUGGAUAACAUCGCGUUGGCCGGCCUUGCCAUUUCAGCCUUCGUUCUUGUCUCGGGAUGUGCUAAUAUGAUCCUCAUGGCUGCUCUCUGGAUACUUUACCACUCAUUGGUGAACGUCGGACAGAUAUGGUAUUCCUUCGGUUGGGAAUCUCAGCUCCUGGAAACCGGAUUUCUAGGGAUCUUUCUGUGCCCCGUUUGGUCUCUCGCCCGAAUCCCAAAGAACACCCCGCCGUCUCGCAUAGUCAUCUGGACGUUCCGCUGGCUCAUCUUCCGGAUCAUGCUCGGGGCGGGUCUGAUCAAAAUCCGCGGGGACCGAUGCUGGAGAGAUCUGACAUGUAUGAACUACCAUUACGAGACACAGCCGGUACCGAACCCGUUGGCCUAUUACGCGCACCGCAGCCCGGCACCGUUCCACCGGUUCGAGACCCUGGCCAACCAUUUCGUCGAGCUGAUCGUGCCGUUCUUCGUGUUCCUCGGCAGGCGCAUGUGUCUCGUUCACGGGCUUCUGCAGAUCCUCUUCCAGGUGGCCCUAAUCCUCAGCGGUAACUUAAGCUUUCUGAAUUGGCUGACCAUCGUGCCAAGCCUUGCCUGCUUUGAUGAUGCCAGCCUCAGCUUCCUCUUCAGCUCCAAAGAAGGGUCAGCGAAACAUCAUGUGUCCAAGUUGCAGGCCCAGAAAGCUGCUGGUGAUGAACCUCCAAAGACUUAUAGUUUCUACGUCCGGAAAAUGGUUCAUCUCUCACUGGGCGUCCUGAUCACCUACCUGAGUGUCCCCGUCAUCGUGAACCUACUGAGUUCCAGGCAAGUCAUGAACACGUCUUUCAACCCACUCCGAAUCGUGAACACCUACGGAGCAUUUGGCAGUAUCACCAAGGAGAGGACGGAGGUCAUCAUUCAAGGGACUUCAAGCUCGGAUCCCAACGACCCCAACGCCGUCUGGGAGGAAUACGAGUUUAAAUGCAAGCCGGGGAAUCUGACGCGGCGUCCCUGUAUCAUCAGCCCCUACCAUUACCGCCUCGACUGGCUCAUGUGGUUCGCAGCGUUCCAGACCUACGAACAGAACGAGUGGAUCAUACACCUCGCGGGGAAGCUGCUAGCCAAUGACAGAGCAGCGUCCUCCCUCAUAGCGGUCAACCCCUUCCUGGAGAAGAGUCCUCCCAGGUGGAUCCGAGGAGAGCACUUCAGGUACAGGUUCAGCCAGCCGUGGGGUGCGCAUGCGUCCGAGGGCAGGUGGUGGAUUCGGAAGCGGAUCGGACCGUACUUCCCGCCGCUCAACCUCCCCGGCCUCAAGAAAUUCUUCCAGUCGAGGUCGUGGCCGUUGCCGGAAAAAACCUCAUAGAAUGGACCGAAACGCUGAUAUUUUUCCAAAAUAAAAAGCAUUUUUU